GAUGGUCGCGCUUUUAUGACGACAUUCUCACAGCGUCUAGUCCUGUGAAGCCAGCAGCAUGGAAGCUGUCGUUGUUCUGUAGCAGUGACUGACUGUGUGUGCACAUGGCCAGCUUCUUCCGGAGAAGUAUUUCAUCAGAGUUAGUGAGGAUCUGUGGAGGAAGUGAAGAUGUUUUUAUUCCGCUGCUGUCUGCUGUGCCUGUGUCCAAGAGACAGUUAACCCCUGACUUCCGGUUGACUGUGAUUUCUCUUGUACAAAAUGGAAUUCUCUCAUCUGGGGAGGAUUUACUGUGUCAAACUGAGCGACUUGUUAAACAGCUGAAAGUGAACAGUGUGAUUGAGGACGUGACCGCAGGCCGAAGUGUCAUCACCUUCAGGGUCAACAAACAGCUGCUGGCUCAGAGAGUUUUGUCAGAGCUCCAUGAGGAUCCACAAACGUUUGGUUUGAAGAGUGAAAUCCUCAGAGCCCUGCCUAGGGGGAGAACCCUGGUGGAAUACAGCUCACCAAAUAUCGCCAAGAAGUUCCAUGCUGGACAUUUGAGGUCCACCAUCAUCGGUCACUUCAUCAGCAAUCUGAAGCAGGCUCUGGGAAAUGAUGUCAUCCGAGUUAAUUAUUUAGGAGACUGGGGCAUGCAAUUCGGGCUAUUGGGGGCAGGGUUUCAGCGGUUCGGCUCACAGGAGAAGCUGAAGGAGAAUGCACUGCAGCACCUGUUUGAGGUGUAUGUCCAGGUGAACCGGGAGGCGGAGCAUGAUGUGAGUGUUCGAUCAGAUGCUACAGAGUUCUACAGACGUCUAGAGCAGCAUGAAGAGAAGGCAGUGUUGCUAUGGAAACAGUUCAGAGAAAUUACAGUGCAGGAGUACAAGAGGAUUUACCAGCGUUUAGGUGUGCACUUUGAUCAUUACUCAGGUGAAUCUUUCUAUCAGAGCAAAACUCAGGAGGUGUUGAAUGACCUGUGGACACUCGGCCUACUGAAGACAACAGAGAAGGGAACAGGAGUGGUGGAUCUGAGUGAACAGGGAGACAUGUCAUCUUAUUCCACAGUAAUGCGCAGUGACGGGACCUCACUGUACAUCACCAGGGAUGUGGCUGCAGCUCUGGAUCGUAAAAAGACGUUUGGCUUCGAUGAGAUGAUCUACGUGACAGAUAAGAGUCAGUCAGUUCACUUCCAGCAGCUCUUUCAGAUCCUCCGUGUGAUGGGACACCACUGGGCCUCCAGGUGUGUGCAUGUGCCAUUCGGUUUAGUGAAGGGGAUGAGUACACGGCGGGGGGAUGUGGUGUUUCUGGAGGAUGUGAUUGAUGAAGCUCGAAACAGAAUGAUGCACAACAUGAACCAGUCUAAAACAUCUAAAGUUGUGUGUGAUCCAGAACAGACAGCAAAUCAGAUUGGAAUCAGCGCUCUCAUCAUCCAGGAUUUUAAAGGUCCACUGACGGCUGACUAUGCGUUUGACUGGGAGCGGGUGUUACAGGCUCAGGGUGACACUGGUGUCUUUCUGCAAUACACACACGCUCGCCUGCGCAGUUUGUUGAGGACACACAGAGACGAGACUCUCACACACUUUGAUGCGUCUCAUCUUCAGGACCACAGGAGCAUUUCAGUCCUGCAGCAUUUACUGAGGUACGAUGAGGUUCUGCUUCAGUCUGCGCUCGAGCUGCAGCCACGCUACCUCGUCAACUUUCUUCUCACGCUGAGUCACUUGGUCUCCUCGGCACACAGACAUCUACCUGUGAAGGGAAGUGCUACAGACUUGGCUCAGGCAAGGCUCCGCCUCUUUGCAGGCGCCUGCUUAGUCCUGGCCAGUGGGAUGAAGAUUCUGGGUGUGAGUCCAGUGGAGAAAAUGUGAAACUGAUUGUGUAGAAAAAUCUCUUGUACGUUGUGCAAAAUAAAGAGUUGUGUGGAGAAAAGGA